AUGCAUCCAGCAGAGCCUUCUUUAUCAGAUAUCAUCAGCAAAACUGAGUCGCUCAGUUGCACUGACCCUAUGUUGGAGUUAAUAGGUUCAGAUGACUCUGGUUUUCACGUGACAGACAACAAAUUGGUUGCUCGGAUUAUUGGUACAAGAAAGUAUUGUUCAUGGGUCCUAAAAUCCACCAUGAGCAAGAUUUGGAAGUUGAUUUUUGAUGUUCAAGUGCAAAGUGGACCAGAGGGGAGUUUCAUUUUCAUUUUCGAAGAUGUCAAGGAAAGAGAUGAAGUUCUUGAGGAAGAGCCUUGGCUUUUAGACAAUAAUCUUCUUAUUCUGAAAAAGUGGCCACCAGACAAGUCUUUUCAAGCUCUGGAUUUCUCUACCACUGGGUUUUGGCUUCAAGUACAUGGCUUACCGCCUAGCAAUUGGAAUCAGCAAAAUGCACAGAAAAUAGGGCAGUUGUUUGGGGGCCUAAUUUGUGUUGAUAAUGUUCAAGGGCCAAGUCAAGAAUGGCAUCCUUUUCUCCGGUUGAAAGUUCGGGUACUAGUGGAAAAGCCCCUUUUAACAGGAUUUUUCAUUGCACAGGGAGGGGAAAAGAAGGAUUGGAUAAAAUUUAAGUAUGAAAGAUUAUCGAUAUUUUGUUUAUGUUGUGGAAUUAUAGGGCAUAUUGCCAGGAAUUGCAAUGGGAAGCUCAAUGGUGAUAUUGUCCCUCCAUCUCGGUUUGGUUUGUGGCUGUUGGCAAAAUCCCCAAAUCCACACCCUUAUCAGAGAACUCUUCAUCUUCAAUCUCAUUUUAACAAAACCCAGGUUCCAAAUGCUUCUGUUCCUUCUCUGUUGUUAGAUUUACCAUCAGAUCAAGUGGUUUGUUCCUCAGGAAUGGGUCUGUAA